AUGAGCCCCGCACAUACGCUCCCCCAGAUCUCGGACGCUGAACUGCUGAUGGUCAUCGCGCCUGGUGCGUGGGACACGCUUCAGGCGGCGGCAAGUGACGGCACGGACGUGUGGCCGAUUCUCUCGCGCGUUCUCGUGUUUGCGCCUGUGCAGGCGCUCGCGGAUCAGGAGGUGAUUGCGCGGCAGCAGCAGCUGCAGCUCUCGAUCAACCGGCACAUGGCGGGCCUCUGCGGCCUCAUGAGCCGCACGCAGGUCGUGCUCGCCCGCGUGCCCCGUGCGCGGCACACGCUCACGCACGCGGAGCUGUACUUUAAGGACCAGUACAUUGGCCGCGCCGACAUGUGGCGCCUAUGCGAGUCCAUGGUCGAUUCGUGCGUGUACGUCGGCCAGACAAUCACACUCGCCGUCGGCAUCCGUGCUAAGAUCGGGCGCCUGUUCAUCCACGAGCACAGCGUCACGUCCGGCUACUUUGCGCCGAGCACACUGUCCAUCUUCCGCACCGAGACGGCGCGCUGCAGCGUGUUUGUGCAAAUGUCGCGCGAAAUGUGGGAGUUCGACGAGAGUGGCGAGAUUCACUACGAAAAGGUGCUGUACGGUUUCCUUCCCGACCUGAUCCGCAAGUGGGAGACCAUUGGUACGAGCCACGUCGUGUCGAUUGUGCUCUUCACGCGCGUCCUGUACGACGAGUCGGAGCGUGAACAUCUCACGGGCCUACCGGUGCAGCGCACCUCCAGCGGGCAGCUGUAUGUGGACUACUACAAGGUCCUCCUCGAGCUGGACUCGUCGCCCCACUGGCCGUCGGUCAUGCGCCGACUCAAGGAAGAGUUUUUCCGCUUCCAGCACGACAUUCUGCUGCAGCCGCGCUGGACAUCGUCGCAAGUCGGGCUGCCGCGGCAGGACCACGAGACGGUGGGCGGCGACGAGGCGGUCGGUGGUCGGGUGCUUCUCGGCCGCUUUGCGCAGGCGCACGAGGGCAACGUGCUGGAGGCCGUCAACCUGAUGCUCAAUUCUGCCGAGAAGCACUACAUUGACCGCGACCUCACCAUGACGGGCUUUUCGUUCCUCAUGCUCACGGCAGGUACGGGGCAUUUUUUCGUCAACAAACACCUCUUGCGCAUCGCGACACAGCGCAUGUUCGACAUGGGUCUCUCGCUCGACCUCGUGUGCCUCACACAGAUGCCGCUGCACACCGUCCCGCUCUUUCGCUUUCUGUCCCAGGUGCCGCCCACGCGUCAGGAGCCCAAGACACGUGCGGACACACACCCGCUCUUUGUGGAUGCCACGCACGGGCCGAGUCAGGUGUGCGAGUUCUUGCCCUUCUGGGUCAAUGGCAGCUUUUACAACAUCGAGCAGGAUCGCCCGUACUGGGAAACGCGCUUUGUGCCUCGCUGCCGCAUGGAUGGACUGCGCAUGACCGAGCUGCUGGGCUCGCUCCAGCAGGAGCUAUCGCUGCCGUACCUUGCGCUGCCCACCGCGCAUCGCAGCGGCCCCUCCGCCGCUGUGCGCGAGCGAUUCGACCAGGAGCAGUUUGCGCCCGCCACGAACGUGUCGGCACCCGCCACUCCGACUGUGCCGUACAUGGGCAGUAUCGUGCCGCCAGGCGUAUCGCGUGCCCAGGCGCCCACACCUCCGACACCCCGCGUACCCUCCAUCCACGGCUCCGUGCACUCAGUGCGCAGUCUCGUGCUGGAGGACCUCGGCAAGACGCUACCCACUGUGUCCGAGUCGAUGACGUCGCUCGUCGCAGUGCGUGCGGCGACGAGCGCCACGCCCCCUCGCUCCGCCGGCCGCGCAACGCCGCGCUGGCGUGCCUGGUGGCCAUGGCGCCCUGAGUCGCGGGUGCCCCGAUCGCGCGCCACCACAGGCGAUGCCUCACGACUGCUGCUCCAGGCGCUUGGCACCGGAGGACCACGUGCUACACCGCAGCUGGUGGAGGCGUCCCAUUCCUACGCGACGCGCGUCGCGGCGCUGGACGACACCGAGAGGCCUGAGGCAGGCGUCGCUAUCGAGUCCAGCUCGUUGCCUGAAGUGUCACGGAAUGCGCUAAACCCUCGCGUUGCCAUGUCUGAGCGCAAUGCGCUGUUGUUCCGCUGGCAGAAUGCAUUUAUUGAACGUAUCAACCAGCAUGCCGUCAAGUGGUGGUCGAUGACGUUGCCAGCGUGCCUGCCUCUUACCACGCGAUACCUCCCUAGCGAGCACGAGCUCGCGCAUGCAUGGCACGAGUAUCCGUACACGGUAUCGGUACACUCUGAUACGGCGUCGAUCAUGCUCAAGCACGGCACGUCCACGAGUCCGGCGUUGGCGAUGCUGCGCGAGAUGUGUGCACAGCGUCUCGCACAGGGAUUCCAGCUCGUCGAGCGCCCUGUCGCCCGGCCAGGCACGGUGCCGGGCGCUCGCGAUGCGCGGCAUCUCGUGCUGCGCCACCCUGCCGACAUGCUGCGUCCCGGCAACUUUGCGGAUGGCGACCCAGUGUACCUGACGACCAUGGACCAGGUGCACUGCAUCUCGUACAGCCGCCAGGCGGGCAUGAUCCGCGUGACGCGUUACGUGAAGAAGGUGCCCUACUCGACGUCGCCCAUUUCGUACCGUUGCUGUAUGUGGCCGCGGUGGCACCCUGGCUACCGCUCGCUGUCUGCGCAGUUCCAGCACCCCGACCCACACGCGUAUAACUGGACGUACCUGGACUCGAUCAUCGCGGGGUACGAGGACACAUUCACGGAGUCGCUGCGGUACUCGCGCUCGCGUUUCGUGCUCGUGCCGAGCGAGGGAUCGCCGCCGCCCAUGAUGGCCAGCUCGGGCGAGUAUCUCAGCGACGAAGAGGUUCGUUUGAUGGGCAUGGAUCGCCUUGCAGAGCUGUUCAUGCGUGCCGAGUUCUAUCCACGCGGGCGACCGCGGCAGGCGCGCAGUGUCCCGCUGCGCUUUCUGCCGACGACACUGGAUCCGUCGAGUAGUUUGAGCGACGCUUCCUUUGUCGAAGCCUUGGCCGAGCGGCACGAUGAGCUCGACCGCCGGCACGCGCAAGACCCGCGACCGCGACAGCGCGAGUCUGGUGCACUCACCCUGGCGGCUAUCGCAGACGACAUGCGCGCUUCCAUGCGGGAGCUCAAGGUCCACGACCGCGUAUGGCACCGCGUCGUCCACCGCCGAACCUUCACCGGCGCGGAUCUCGUCACAUGGCUAUGCCGCACCUACAGCGACAUCCACACGCGCGACGACGCUGUGCAGUUGGGAAACAAGCUCUUGCGGGCGGGCUUCAUGGAGCACACGUUUGCGCUCCAUGGGUUCUUAGAUGGCCACUACUUUUAUCGCCUGGUCAUGUCGAACGAGCCCUCUGCGGCGGUCGCACUGGCGACGGCGCCGGGCGCCGCAGCCGCCGCAGCCAUCGCUCAUGCGCCCGACUCGGAGCUGGAUGCACGCGCGAGGGUGCCCGAAGGACGCGCGGCACGCGUUCGUGUACCGCUCUCGCGGUCCAUGCUCAUUGACGUGGACCCCGAGCGGCGAAGCAGCCGCGCCGAGGUGGCUGUGCUGCAUCAUGACUUAGCGCACAAUGCGGAAAACGGCUUCAAUUUCCAGAUCCAGUGGCUCGGAGUCACGGCACGGCUCAUUGAAGAUCUCGUGCAGUCGUGGACACGCUCCGUCGAGCGCUAUGGGCUGCGGCUCGUGGAGGCGCCCAUCCACCAGAUCAAGGACAUUGGCCACUACACGCCGUUUAUCGCGGCCUUACCUAUCCCGCUCGCUCUCGCGCCACCCAAACCGAGCACGUUUGCCGCGCUAUUGGAGACGGCGCGGCGCGUGCAGUUGACGCAUGCGCGCGAGACGAGGAGUGACCUCGAGGCGUGGCUGCUGCGCUAUGUCCUCUCGCCCUCUGCGACGCGGAGCGAUCAGCUAUUCGAGAUGGCUCUUGUGCGUGACUUUGGCUUCGUGCUUGAUCAGGAGGCCCAGUCCCUGUACCCAGAGCACCUGGACGUGCACUACUCGUCCCGUCCUAUGGACUUUGACUAUACACAAUUUGUCCACCGCAGUGGCGUGGCCUUUGUCCAAGUGGUCGGCGGACGCGAUGGCUACCUGUGGCUCAACAACCGCACAUCCAAUGCCAAGUGGCAGACGCACCACAAAGGCCACAAGUUCGCGCCGCCGCCGCCCAACGCGGCACAGGCCCGCCAAUCGUUCCAGCGCCUGUGCGCGGACAAGGAAGCCCUGGGCCAGUUUUACGAACGGGUCUGGCAGCUUCUCCAUGUCCUGGCGUCGACGGACACCGCUCCCACAUAG